UUGCUCAAAUGGUAUCCAAUAAAGCCACAGCUCGUCGUGGCAUGUUAAUUGUUUUUGAAGGCCUUGACAAAGCUGGAAAAUCUACGCAGGCUCAGAAACUGGUCACGAAAAUAGAGCAAAGUGGAAGGAAAGUCGAGUUAAUGAAAUUUCCCGAUCGGUCGACUCAUAUUGGAAAAUCAAUCAAUGAAUAUCUAGUGGACUCGAAAUUUAAGUUGAACGACAAAUCAAUCCAUUUACUGUUUUCGGCAAAUCGAUGGGAAAAAUACGAUGAAAUGAAGAAUAAAUUAAAUGACGGGAUAAGUUUGGUCGUGGAUCGCUACGCGUUUUCAGGAGUAGCAUAUACUUGCGCGAAGCCUGGAUUUACUAUGCAGUGGUCCAAAUCGCCUGAUAUCGGGCUUCUCAAACCAGAUAUUGUAUUUUUCAUGCUCUUGAACCCAGAUAACGCCCAACAUAGAGGUGAUUAUGGCGCGGAAAGAUACGAAAAAGUCGAAUUCCAGAAGAAGGUUUUGGACAAUUUUAUGGGAAUGAAAGACGAAACUUGGCAACUAGUUAAUGCGGAAGAUUCAAUUGAUUCAAUACAUGGGGGUAUAGUGGAAAAGUAUGAAGAUGUUUUGAAAAAUCGAAAGGAAAAUUUCGAAAAAGGACAUAUACCGAACCUUUGGUCGGAUCUUCAAUGAGAAAUUCAAUCGUUUUUUUUAUAUGAACAGUUUUUUUUUCAAUAUAUUUUUGUUGUUAAUUGUGCUCUUUGUUUUUGUACUUCUUUUUGCUUUGAUAGAAUUGGUUUGAAAUCGUGUAAAUUGAUCUUUCACGUUUCUUGGUAGUAUCGCAUUUCUUUUCAUUCUCGCAAUAAUGAG